AAGGAGACAGAGAACAAGUCUAGCACUGAUUUUGUCCACACAACGACGACAUCGUCCAAGAAGAAGGAAAUUAGCAUGGGUUUAUCCUAGACMUCAGUUCUGGUUUGAGGAGAUUUUGAACAACAGACAUUUGGAUCAUUUGUGGCGAGAACAUUUUAGAGUGAGCAGAAACACAUUUGAUUUCAUUUGUAGAAUUGUUGGUCCUUAUAUGAGAAGACAGGAUACUAUUUUACGUCAAGCAAUCCCUGUAGAGAAACGAGUAGCUAUWGCUUUAUGGCGUUUAGCCACAGGGAACUCUUACAGGACUGUUGCGCUKAAUUUUGGAACAGGACGAUGUACAGCAAUGAACAUUAAAGAUGAUUUUUGUUCGGCUCUCGUGGGGCAUGCAAACCAAUUUAUUAAAUUCCCAAAGACAGAGGUGGAAACAAGAAGAUGUAUACAAGAAUUUCAAAAUAUAAGUACUUUUCCUCAAGUUGUUGGUGCGUUAGACGGCUCGCACAUUCCUAUAAAAGCUCCGAAGGAUAAUCCAAAUGCAUACGUAAAYAGGAAAAAUUUUCACAGCAUAAUUUUACAGGGAGUUGCGGAUGCYAACAUGAAAUUCAUACACGUCAGUACAGGAUAUGCAGGAAGCAUCCACGRUGCAAGAGUUYUACGAAUAAGUUCCCUUCUAAACGCAGUACAAAAUGAUCAAAUCCUGACCUCUCCUGUCCGUCAGAUUGGGG